UAUUGAAGAUGGAGAAUAUACUCCAGACCAAGUUUGGAAUUUAGAUGAAAGCGGCCUUUUUUGGAAGAGAAUGCCUAGAAGAACUUAUGUAGCAAAAUCGCAGAAAACAGCCGGUGGUUUUAAAGUAGCAAAGGACCGUAUUACGUUGUUGUUUUGUUCCAAUGCUUCAGGAGAACGUAUUCUUAAGCCACUCCUAGUACAUCGUGCCUUAAGACCACGUUCCAUGAAAAGUGUAGAUUUCAAUAAAUUGCCUGUACACUGGAUGGCGAACAAAAAGGCUUGGGUAACCAGUGCAAUUUUCACAGAGUGGUUUCAGAAGCACUUCAUCCCAGAAGUUAGGCGCUACAUGAAAGAAAAAUGUCUCGAAUUUAAAGUUCUCUUGAUUCUAGACAAUGCACCAGGCCAUCCAGUUUUGGAGCACCCAAACGUACAAUUUUGUUUUUUGCCGCCUAAUACCACUUCCCUUAUACAGCCACUAGACCAGGGGAUAAUUGCUACGUUUAAAACGUAUUACAUAAGAAGUUCAUUUCAUUAUGUUGUAGAAAAACUUGAUAAUUAUGAGGAAUCAUCAGUCAUAGAUGAAUGGAAAAAAUUUUCUAUAAUGGACUGCAUUAAUCAAGUCAAGAUCGCGUUAGAUUUAUUAAAGCCAUCAACUUUGAACUCGUGUUGGAAAAAUAUUUGGCCAGAAUGCGUAAAAUGCAAAGAUCCUGUUAUCGAUAAUAACGCUGAACUUGCUGAUAUAAUAACAAUGGCCAAUGCAAUCGGUGGGGAUGGAUUCGAUGACCUAUCGUUAGCAGAUGUAGAAGAAUUGUUGGUAGAUGAAAGCUUGAGCGAAAAUGAAAUUAUCGAAUUCACCCUUGAGACUCGUUAUGAUAAAGAACAUAGUGACAGUGACGAAAGAGAUCGUCCAAUUUUGAAAGCAUCUCUAAUUAAAGAAGGUCUUGAUCUCGCUACAAAAUUAGGUAGUCAUUUUGAACAACAUGAUCAUGACGAGGAACGAGCUGCCAAAUUUCAACGUGAACUGAAAUCAUUAAUGGCAUCUUACAGGGAAGUUUAUAAUGGGUUAACGCGAAAUAAAACUCAAUCUAAGAUAACUGAUUUCGUUCAAAAAUCUACUGAUGUCCCAACACAGUCGGCUAGAAAUGAUAAUGAUCAACAAAAUCACUCCAGUGAUGGCAGUGAUAUUGUAGUCUUUCGCAAACGUUUACGUUUAUUAUCAGACAGUGACAAUAAAUAAAAUUGUUUAAUGUUUAAAUUUUUCUUAUGGUUGUACUUUAUGUUAUUUAAGUUUUUUGGCAAUGAA